AGUACAGUAGGGAGCCAGCUUAGGGCUAGCAAAAUAGAAAAAUUAGUUGGGUCAAAUAAAACGACAUCGUAUAGAGAACCUUUUUGAAUCUCUGUCUGUCUUAAUCAGCAGCCGACUGUCGGUCAGUUUUUCAUCGUUCAGUUGCCGUGUGGUCUUGCAGGCGAGCAGAAUCCCAAAUCCAAAGUUUGACAGAUAAAGUAAAGCUGUUAAUCAAACACAUUAUUCACUGCCUGUUUGAAAACCCAGGUCAAUAACCUUCGGUGAGUCACUUUCUUUGAACCCUAGUAUGAGUAGCUCUAAUUUUGUGGUUUAGUUCAUAUGCGUGAAAGAUGUUUGUUUUUUGUUCUAAAAGACUGCAAUCCCUUGUUCCAAUAUGUAAAAUUGUUGGAGAUUCUGAGAUUGGUUUGUGUGUAAUUCAAAGUUCACAACUGUCCCAGAAAUCUUUCUCAUCGAGCACACCAUCGUCGUUAGCUGCUGAGAAAUAUGAACCACAAGAACAAAAACAAGAACAAGACCAUUCUUUUAAGGUUUCAUACCUUAUAAAAUCAUGUGGGUUGACUCCAAAAGUUGCUGCGUCUGUGUCUCAAAGGAUAAACUUUGAAACCCCAGAAAGACCUGACUUGGUGCUUGGUCUGCUCAGAGACCAUGGUUUCACCGACACCUACAUCUCCAAACUCGUUAAGGCAUGUCCAUCUUUGCUAUUAGCCAAUGUUGAGAAGACCCUUUUGCCAAAACUUGAUUUUUACCGUUCUAUAGGUCUUUCUGGUGCAGACCUUGCUCGAGUUGUCGUUUGGAAUUCUUGUCUGUUGACAAGAAGCUUAGAGAAAUUCAUAAUUCCUUGUUAUGAUAUCCUCAAAAGUGUACUUAUCCAUGAUGAAAAAGUUGCAAAAUUCUUUGUUCGUUCGUCGAGGAUAGUGCUGGACAGGUUUGCUAGUAAUAUCUCAAUGCUGAGAGCACUGGGAAUGUCAGAGUCUUCUAUUUCUGUACUGGUAACCUGUCAUCCGAAUGUUGCCUGCCUUAAAACUAGUAAGUUUGAGAAAGAUGUUGAGAAGGUUAUUAGUAUGGGAUUUAACCCUUCGAAGAUGAUAUUUAUAAUUGCUUUACACAUGAUUUCUUCUGUGGGUGAAUCGUCAUGGGCACACAAGAUGGAAAUAUAUAAGAAGUGUGGUUGGAUGGAAGAUGAUUUCAUGUCAGCCUUUCGAAAGGAUCCCUGUUUCAUGGGAUUAUCGAAGAAGAAUUUUAUGGGUAAAAUGGAUGUUUUUGUGAACAAAAUGGGGUUGCAGCCGGCAGAUGUGGCCAGAGUUCCAAUUAUUCUAAGAUAUAAUUUGGAGAAGAGGAUCAUUCCAAGAUGUUCUGUUAUCAAAGUCCUGCUCUCCAAGGGCUUGGUGAAAGAAACACCUGCCAUGUCCACUGUGCUGAUACAAUCUGAUAAAGCCUUUUUGAAUAGGUUUGUGACAAAAUAUCAAGAAACUGUGCCUCUCCUGUUAGAUAUCUUUCAUGGGAAAUCAUCUUCUCUAUAACUGUGCCUUGAAUUUGAAGAAUUAUUCCACUUUCAUUCUUGAUUCAUGCUGACACCAGUUUCCUGAAGUUUUUGCUUCGCAGUAAUAUUGAACAUUUUCCACCUUACAUUUGAAGAUAAUCUCAUCUACCUUGUUCGGGAUGAACAUGUUUGGAUAAUGUGAAAUUAAAGAUAUAAGAAAUGCUUCAUCCUCUUUUAGCAGGGAUCAUCAUUGUAUUUUCUCAAAAAAAAUUCCACUAAAAAAAGUAAAACUUUAAAAACUUAUCAUAA